UGAGCAGGUGUGAUAAUGAGGGCGUGUCCCAGGUAGAGAUGAGCUCAUUCCUCCUCGUGCUCUGCUCCGUGUUUCUCCUCAUCAUGUCGGCGGUCUCGUGCCUCCUCCUCCUCUCUCUGCUCGGUGUGUCAGAGGGGGGUCCUGUUCAGCACGCGGGCUUCUAUCAGGUGCAGACAGAACCUGUCGGAGCCGCGAGCCCUCCUUUCUACCACCUGCCCAUGUUCCUGCACGCACGAGGACCGGUGGUAGCCCGCGAGAUGUUCCUGCCUGCUCCUCACAGGAGACCUGUACCGGCGGGGAUCACCGAGCUGCUCCUCCCGCGAGUGUCACCGCAAACCGCACACAUGCUACAGAUAUCACCGCAAACAGCGCAGAUAGCGCAGGAAACAUCGCCGCAAACUUUUCACAUAUCUCCGCAAACAUCUCAGCAAGGUGCGCAGAUUAGCGGGCCACGCGCCGUGGAGGUGUGGUGUGGUGAGGAUCAGAUUACUGUGCGCGUGGAUUGUUCCCAGAUGAGCUCGUGGACUAACCCCUACCUGUUCAGACUGGGCUCGUGCGGGGUCAGCAGUGUCACCCAGCAGUUUCUCUACUUCCGCUCGAGACUGACCGAGUGUGGAGGAGAGAGCCAGGUGGUUGGUGGUCAGCUGGUGUACUCCUUCACUCUGUGCUAUACUCCGCCUCCUCAAGGAACCGUCAUCAGAGCGGUCCCGUUGACACUCCCCAUCCACUGCCGCUACAACAGGUUCCAUUACUCUUACAAGGUCGGCUUCAGACCUCAGGUCCAACACACAACGUUCAUGAAGAGCAUCAGGAGUAAACUCAGCUUCAGUCUGACGGUCUGCAAUGCUCAGUGGGAGCCCCUCCCUAGUGCUCACUGGUUCAUGUUGGGGGAGCCGGUGUAUUUUGUGGCCCAGAGCAGGUUUCUGUUAGUUGGGGAGAGGCUCAGUGUGGACUCGUGUUACGCCACGAGCUCCAAAGACCCAAACAGCCAGCCCAGAGUGGACGUCAUCACCAACAACGGUUGUAUGACAGACAGCAGGAGGGAGGGCAGCAGCUCCCGCUUUCUGUCUGCUAGUGGUGCUGUGAUCAAGUUCUCCGUGGAUGCUGUUCUCUUCAGCGCUGUGCCACAAGUGUUGUAUCUCCACUGCUCGAUGUCUGUCAGUCUUUCUACGUCUCCCUCCUCCAAAUCCUGCAACUAUAACUCAGAAGCUGGAAGGUGGGAGGAACUUCAAGCCUCGCCUUCGGUGUGCUCCUGCUGUGACUCCGUGUGCUCUGAUGGACAGGAUGUGGUAAAAGGCACCGUGAGCAGCCAGAGCUGGUUUAUGGGACAAAAAGCUGAAGAGAAGCUGAGAAUGAAGGCGAUCUCCUUCCAGGCAGAGGAGGGGCGAGAAUGGGAGGAUGAAGUGAAGAAGAGUGAAGAAAGGAUGGAGGAGGACUUUAAAAAAGUCCGGUCUUUUCCUCCAGAGACAGAGAUCAGCCAUGAGGAGGUGAAGGAGAAGGCUGUGGUACCUGGAGCCAACAGAGAGUGGAGGAGCAGUUCAGUCAGCCAUCAGGGGGAGGAAGAGGAGAGAGAAGAGGCUGAGGAUGGGGGUGAUGAGGUGAAGGAGAAUGGAUUGGUAAUAGAUGUCAUGAGUGUGUCAGAGCAGACAAGAAAAGAGGAGAAUGAAACAGUCGGUACUAAACCUAACUCUGAAAAUGGUAAAAACAGCAGCAUGGACUCUCUUAAAGAUGGAUCUGAAAACCAGACUCUGACUGCAGGGGACUCUAGUUCUGUUUCUGAUCCUUUCAACCAGAGUUCUCCUGGUUCUGCUGGGAAUGUUUCCAUUGCUGCAUCACUUUGUCCUGAAGGGAAAAACUGGAGCUGCAGUGGUGAAAGGGUUAAUAAUAGUUCAGUCUCCAUGCACGCUGCUGUGAUCCCGUCUAAAGAUAGAGCUUCAUCUGAUAUCAGCAGAUCUGCUGCUGGUUGGGAUUCAAGUAUCCUGAAAAGGCGACUUGGCAGUGACCUCGGGGCCUCGGCCCAGUCAGAGCAGGUUGAGACGCUGAAUAAAUCACUGGACUUGAAGUCAGAACGAGUACCAGAGCCAGCAGACAGGACAGGACGGCAGGGAGAUGAUGAAGUGCUUCACGGUCUGCAGAUCAGAGGGUUAGAACCAGAUCUUCAUCCUGCUGGGUUCAGCAGGUCAUUCACUGAGUCUGAUUUUGAUUCUGGACGUGAAGAAGGCGAAGCUCUUUAUCGUCAGUUUACUGAAGCAUUGAUAAAUAAAGGCAUACAGAAGUCUAGGUCUGGUCCAUCCAGGUCGGGUUCUGUUGGAUCAGAGCUGAUGCAUCCAGACGCCCCGGGUCAUUCCUCGGUGGUGAUGGUGACUGAAUCUCGGCAUGGCUCCGACAGCAGUAGCAUGUGGGCUGAGGUGGAGCCUGAAUGGGACCUGCAGAGUUUAGAGUUAAUAAUGGGACAGCCGAUGGGUGUGAUGAAUGACGUCUAUUAAAGAGAAAUUAAACCUGA